CCGGGCAAACAAGACCGACCCGGGAUCAGAGCACAGCUCCCAACUCCCCCGUCAGAGGAACGGAAGCAUCUCCGGGGAUCUGUCACCGGGACUGUCCGGGAGAGGCCCGAGGCAGCCGUUAAAUCAUGGAGCUGCGGACCGAAUGGGUGAUAUCCCUGUUCACUUUUGCCAUCGGAGUAAACGUCUGCUUGGGAUUUACAGCAAAUCGAAUCAGACGAUCGGAGGAAUGGGAGGAAGCCCCCUUCGUAGCCCAGGCAGAUUCUGCUUCGAACGCAUCUGGGUCCUGCAAGGGCAGAUGCUUUGAGCUCCAAGAGACCGAACUCCCGGGCUGCAAAUGCGACAACCUCUGCAAGAGCUACAGCAGUUGCUGCCAUGACUUCGACGAGCACUGUUUGAAGACAGCUCGGGGCUGGGAGUGCACUAAAGACAGAUGCGGCGAAGCAAGAAACGAAGAGAACGCGUGCCACUGCUCUGAGGACUGCCUGGCCAGGGGAGACUGCUGCACCAACUACCAAGUGGUCUGUAAAGGAGAAUCUCACUGGGUGGAUGAUGACUGUGAGGAAAUCAAGACUCCGGAGUGCCCUGCAGGUUUCGUCCGUCCGCCUCUGAUCAUCUUCUCUGUGGACGGCUUCCGGGCGUCUUACAUGAAGAAAGGGAGCAAGGUGAUGCCCAACAUUGAAAAGCUAAGAUCCUGUGGCACCCAUUCUCCGUACAUGAGGCCCGUUUAUCCCACCAAAACCUUCCCCAACCUGUACACCUUGGCAACCGGACUCUACCCAGAAUCUCACGGGAUCGUCGGGAACUCCAUGUACGACCCCGUCUUCGAUGCCAACUUCCACCUCCGGGGCCGAGAGAAGUUCAAUCACCGGUGGUGGGGAGGCCAGCCGAUAUGGAUUACGGCCAUCAAGCAAGGGGUGAAAGCUGGCACGUUCUUCUGGUCCGUGGUCAUCCCCCACGAGCGGAGAAUACUUACCAUCCUGCAGUGGCUCACCCUGCCCGACAAUGAAAGGCCCUCUGUGUACGCCUUCUAUUCUGAGCAGCCAGAUGCUGCGGGUCACAAAUAUGGCCCGUUUGGUCCCGAGAUGACAAACCCGCUGAGGGAGAUUGACAAAACGGUGGGACAGUUGAUGGAUGGCCUGAAGCAGCUGAAGCUACAUCGCUGUGUUAAUGUCAUCUUUGUUGGAGAUCAUGGAAUGGAGGACGUCACGUGUGAACGAACUGAGUUUCUGAGCUCGUACUUGACCAACGUGGAUGAUAUUAUUUUAGUGCCUGGUGCCCUGGGACGGAUUCGCUCGAAGUCUAACAAUAAUGCUAAAUAUGAUCCCAAGGCCAUUAUCGCCAACCUCACGUGCAGAAAACCUGAUCAGCAUUUUAAGCCCUACCUGAAGCAGCAUCUCCCCAAACGUUUGCAUUACGCCAACAACCGCAGAAUCGAGGACAUCCAUCUGCUGGUGGACCGGCGAUGGCAUGUGGCAAGGAAAUCUGUAGAUGUCUAUAAGAAGCCAUCGGGGAAAUGCUUUUUCCAGGGAGACCAUGGAUUUGACAACAAGGUCAACAGCAUGCAGACCGUCUUUGUAGGUUAUGGCCCAACUUUUAAAUACAAGACCAAGGUGCCGCCAUUUGAAAAUAUCGAACUUUACAACGUCAUGUGUGAUCUCCUGGGCUUAAAGCCGGCGGUCAACAACGGGACCCACGGGAGCUUAAACCACAUCCUACGGACCAACGCGUACAAGCCCACCAUGCCGGAGGAAGUGACGAGGCCCCAGUACCUUUCGCUCACGUACCCUCUGUCUGAUUUUGAUGCAGGAUGCACGUGCGAUGACAAGAACAAACUAGAUGAACUCAAUAAACGCCUUCAUGUCAAAGGAACGAUGGAAGCUGAAACCAGGAAAUUCAGAGGCAGCAAAAACGAGAACCAGGAAAACGUUAAUGGACUUUUUGAACCUAGAAAAGAGAGACAUCUAUUAUACGGAAGACCCGCCGUACUUUAUCGGACUCGAUAUACUAUCUUGUAUCACCACGAUUUCGAGAGUGGCUACAGCGAAACCUUCCUGAUGCCACUGUGGACUUCAUACACAAUUUCAAAACAGGCUGAGGUCUCCAGUGUUCCCGAGCACCUGACCAGCUGCACGCGUCCCGAUGUCCGCAUUGCUCCCAGUUACAGCCAAAGCUGUUCGGCCUACAAAAUGGACAAACAGAUGUCCUACGGAUUCCUCUUCCCUCCCCACCUCAGCUCCUCUGCCGAAGCUAAAUACGACGCCUUUCUCAUAACCAACAUGAUCCCGAUGUAUCCUGCCUUCAAAAGAGUCUGGAAUUAUUUCCAAAGGGUCCUGGUGAAGAGAUAUGCCACGGAGCGGAAUGGGGUCAACGUGAUAAGUGGACCGAUUUUCGACUAUGACUACGACGGUCUGCACGACACGUACGACAAGAUUAAGCAGUUCGUCGAAGGCAGCGAGGUGCCAAUCCCCACGCAUUACUACAGCAUCAUCACGAGCUGCUUGGAUUUCACCCAGCCGGCGGACAAGUGCGACGGGCCACUCUCCGUGCUCUCCUUCAUCCUGCCCCACCGGCCCGACAAUGAAGAGAGCUGCAACAGCUCCGAGGAGGAAUCCAAGUGGGUUGAAGAUCUCCUGAAGAUGCACACGGCCCGCGUGCGGGACAUCGAGCAGCUGACGAGCCUGGACUUCUUCCGAAAGACCAGCCGGAGCUACCCGGAGAUACUGUCCCUCAAGACGUACCUGCACACGUUCGAAAGCGAGAUCUAACAUUCGGCCCGUCCUCCCGGCGGCCUCUCCUCCACUGGUGUAUAUUUUUAUAUUGUUUUUAUAUUUAUUAAUUUGAAACCAGAACGUUAAAAAUGCUAGUGACUUAAUCCUGUACCAAAUCUCACAUAGCAGACCAACUGUCCGCUGCUUAUUCCUCUAACGCUUACCGUAGGGGUGUGAUUGUGUCUGUGAGUUUGUGUGUGUGUGUUUGUGUGCGUGCAUGCGUGUGCAGGUGUGUAUGCUUGGUGUGCGUGUGGAGUAGAGCUUCUCAUCCUGCAGCUCGAGCGGUCAGCCAACGCUGCUCCCCGAGGCUGCAGAAUUAAUAUUUUGCAUUGAGGAAAUCUUAUUUUUUCCAGUGCUCGGAUGGCCACAUUUAUAGUUCUGAACUGUACGGAAAUACUGAACUUGUAAAAUUGCAUUCAUUUACUGUUUUAACUACAACGGGAGUAUUUAAACCUUAUAGACCAAUAGAAUCUUAAAUCGAAUAAAUCACACAUUCAGUUUUUUUAAUGUU